GCAGGGCAGUUGGGAAAUCCCUUAAAUAAAUACAUUAGACAUUAUGAAGGUCUGUCGUAUGAUACAGAUGUAUUGCAUCAGAAACAUCAACGUGCCAAGAGGUCGAUAUUGCAUGAUGACCAAUUUGUCCAUCUGGACUUCCAUGCACAUGGAAGGCAGUUCAACCUGAGAAUGAAACGAGACACCUCUAUAUUCACAGAUGAUUUUAAACUGGAAGUAUCAGGUGAAGAGCUGAAUUACGAUGCCUCUCAUAUUUACACUGGCGAAAUCUAUGGAGAGAGAGGGUCUCUCAGUCAUGGUUCUAUUGUAGAUGGACGGUUUGAAGGGUUUGUCCAGACCCACCAGGGUACUUUCUACGUUGAACCAGCUGAGCGAUACAUUAAAAACAGAAAGCCACCUUUCCACUCUGUGAUCUACCAUGAAGAUGAUAUCAACACCAUUUGAUGGACUGUAUAUGAA